AUGGGGAAAGAAAAGGUUCAUAUUAACAUCUACAUCAUCGGGUGUGUAGACUCAGGCAAGUCCACCACUGCUGGCCAUCUUACCUACUACACACAUGGUGGGACUGACGAAGGGACCACUGAAAACUUGAAGAAAGAAGCUGCUGUGAUGAGAGUGGGCUCCUUCAAAUAUGCCUGGGUCUUGCAUAAACUAAAAGCUGAACAUGUGCAAGGUGUGACUAUUGUUCUCUCCAUAUGGAAAUUUGAGACCAGUAAGUAUUAUGUGACCAUCGUUGAUGCCCCAGGACACAGGAAAUUUUUCAAAAACAUGAUUAUAGGCACAUGCCAGGCUGACUCUGCUGUCCUGAUUGUUGCUGCUGGUGUUAGUGAACUUGAAGCAGGUAACUCCAAGAUUGGACAGAUUCAUGAGGAUGCCCUUCUGGCUUACACACUGCUUGUGAAAUAA